AUGGCCUGGAGAUCAUAUCGGGAAGCAGCAGCUUAUGGUUGGCAAAUACCAGAUCCAGAAGCUAUUAAAAUUGAUUGGGUAGCAUUAAGAACAUCAGUACAAAAUCAUGUAAAAUCUGUAAAUUGGGUUACACGUGUAGAACUUAGAACAAAAAAAAUCGAAUACAUCAACGCACUUGGUUAUUUUAAAGAUGCACAUACAAUAUGUGGAAAAAUGAAGAAUGGAGAAGAAAAACUGUAUACAGCAAAGAAUAUUUUAAUUGCAGUAGGUGGUAGACCAAGAUAUCCUGAUAUUCCUGGUGCUUUGAAAUAUGGUAUAACCAGUGAUGAUAUUUUUAGUUUAGAAAAAGCUCCAGGAAAGACUCUUGUUGUUGGUGCUGGAUAUAUUGGUUUAGAAUGUGCUGGGUUCUUAAAUGGUUUAGGUUAUGAUGCAACAAUAAUGGUACGCUCAAUUGUAUUACGAGGAUUUGAUCAGCAAAUGGCAAAUACUGUUGCUGAGGAAAUGACAAGGCGUGGUGUUCACUUUAUUUAUGAAGCAAAGCCAUCGAGAAUUGAAAAACAAAGUGAUGAGCGGCUGCUUGUACAUUGGGUUGAUAAAGAUGGGACAACACAUCAAGAUAUUUUUGACACUGUUCUUUUCGCUAUUGGUCGCAAACCGCUUACAGAAGAACUGAAACCAGAGAAUAUCGGUCUCAAACUUAUUCCUGAUACAGCAAAAAUAGACGCAAUAGAUGAACAAACGAAUGUUCCAAAUGUAUAUGCUGUUGGUGAUGUGCUUCAUAAAAAACCAGAAUUAACUCCUGUUGCUAUACUCGCGGGUCGAUUAUUAGCAAGAAGGUUAUUUGGAAACUCAACAGAACAAAUGGAUUACAUUAAUGUAGCGACAACAGUAUUUAGUCCUCUAGAAUAUGGUUGUGUUGGUCUCAGCGAAGAAGCAGCAAUUGCUAUUCACGGAGAAGAAAAAAUAGAAAUUUAUCAUGCAUAUUACAAACCAACGGAAUUUUUCGUACCACAAAAGGAUGUUUCUAAUUGCUAUUUGAAAGUUGUUGCUUUUAGAAAUGGUGAUCAAAGAGUGCUUGGUAUGCAUUUCAUUGGUCCUAAUGCCGGUGAAGUGAUUCAAGGUUUUGCUGCUGCUAUGAAAUGUAAUUUGACAUUCCCAAAAUUAAAAGAAACAGUUGGAAUUCAUCCAACAGUGGCAGAAGAGUUUACACGUGUAUCAGUAACUAAACGUUCUGGACUUGACCCUAAGCCGCAGAGUUGUUGUAGUUAAAAAUGUGUAAUACUAGACUUGUUGCAUUGCUGAUAUUUGUGAAUAUUUUUAAGUAUGAUUAACGAUAAACGUUACUCAUACUUACUGUACCGACUACUUGCUCCGGAUUUAAUUUUUUAAGUAAAGCUC